ACGGGUAAAUGCCGUUGUGGGGCGGUCCUGUCGAGGGCCCCGGAUCUAGGCUGCCAUUCUCGGGCUCCCUCGUAGCACGAGGGUCAGGCGAGCGUCACGCGGAGGUUUAUUUCCCAGGCGAGCACGGCACGGCCGGGGCCACGAUGGACUUCCCCAGCUCCCUCCCGCCCUCGUUGUUUACGACUGGCCCCCUUGGUCUGAGUGAUGUCCCUGAUGUGUCCUUCAUGUGCAGCUGGAGAGACGCGCUGACCCUGCCGGAGUCCCUGCCCCAAGGUUCUGAGAAUGCGGCGCCCCACGUGGCCAAGGGCCUGCUCUGGGAGCCGGACACCCCUGGGCCGCUGCCCUUGCUGCCUCCUGGUCCCGAUCCCUGGGACCCCGGCGUGACUGCCCAGGAUCUGCUUUUCCGGGGAGGGUGCCAGUUCCGUAGACAGCCCCGAGCCGUGCUGGACGUUACUGAGCAGCUCAGCCGGUUCUUGUGGGACCAUGGGGACAUAGCCUUUGCACCCCUGGGGAAGCUGAUGCUGGAGAAUUUCAAACUGGAGGGAGCACGGAGCCGUUCUAAGAAGAAGACGGUGGUCAGCGUGAAGAGGCUACUCCAGGACCUCGGUGGACACCAGCCCUGGGGCUGUCCCUGGGCUUACCUCAGCCAACGCCAGCGCCGGUUCUCCAUCCUUGGGGGCCCGAUCCUCAGCACGUCGGUGGCGAGCCUCCUGGGGGAGCUGCUGCAUGAGGAGCUGGCCCUGCGGUGGGAGCAGCUGCUCCUGGACGAGGCCUUCACUGGGGGCGCGCUGGCCUGGGUGCCCGGCAGGACGCCCAGGGCCGGGCAGCUGGUCUACCCUGCAGGAGGCGCCCUGGACAGGCUGUACUUCCAGAAGGUCAUCCUGACCCCAGGCAGCGAGCCCCGGGUUCUCGGAGGCCCUGGCCAUAUCCGGCUCCGGGGACCUGUCCGGCAGGUGGUGACCCGCACCGUGCAGGGAGAAGGUAAGGCCACACAUAGACACCUGCCCCGUCCACUCACUGACCUGUUGCCUGACUCUGAGCCCCUCCCUCCCUCAGCUCUGCUGGCCGUCCGCUCUGACCACCACUGUGCCCUGUGGAAGGUCAGUGAGCAGGGGCAGCCGGCCCCUCUCCAGGUGCUGCAGGUCAGGAAGGGGGCCACGGGGAUCAGCCUCAGCCCCCACCUGCCUGGAGAGCUGGCCAUCUGCAGCCGUUCCGGAGCCAUCUGUCUGUGGACUCCCCAGGACGGGCUGCAGCAAAUCUACAAGGACCCCGAGACCCUUGUGUUCCGGGACCCCUCUCCCUGGCGUUGGGCAGACUUCACCGCCCACCCUCGAGUGCUGACUGUGGGUGAUCGCACCGGAGUGAAGAUGGUGGACACUCAGGGUCCGCCGGGCUGUGGUCUGCUGCUUUUCCGUGGAGGGGCCGAAGCAUCGUGCCAGAAAGGGGAACGCGUCCUGCUCACCCAGUACCUGGGGGAGUGCGGCCCCGAGUGUCUGCACCCCACGCUCCACCUCAUCUGCACCCAGUUCUCGCUCUACCUGGUGGAUGAGCGCCUCCCCUUGGUGCCCCUGCUGAAGUGGAACCACAGCCUCCCCUCCGCACCCCUGCUGGCCCGGCUGCUGCCCCCGCUCCGCACAGGCCUCCCGCGGCCACUGCUCCUGGCGGGCCAGGGUGGGGAGCUGCAGCUGCUGCACAUCGCAGGAGAGGGGGCUUCCACGCCCCGGCUGGCAGGACCCCCCCAGUCUCUCCCUUCCAGGAGCGACUCCCUCUCUGCCUUCCCCUUGCUGGAGCCCAAGAGUCAGUGGCGGCUGCGGGAACGUCUGACAGCACCAGCCAUAGGUCUGGCCGCCGCCAUUCCACCCUCCGCUGCCACACCAGUGCUGUCGCUCUUCCAACUUUCGGCGGCUGGAGACGUCUUCCACCAGCGCCUCCACCUCCAGGCAGACCCUGGGCCUGACUCUCCUGCCCCCACGGCUUCCUGGACCCCCCAGGCCUCUGCCUCCUGCAGCCAGUGGCUGAAGGCCCUGCUGGAGGUGCCCCCGGCUCCCCCCGUGUGGGCUGCACCUACCUUCUCCCACCGCCGCCUGCUGGGCUGCUUUGAGCCUCAGAAGGCAGAGGGCAGAGCGCCAGAGGGUCUCCGCACGGCCAUGGCCAAAGGGCGUGUCCUGCAGCCGAGGGACCUGGGCUUGCUCCCCACGGAAGAGCGGGCCCCCGCCCCCGAGCCAGGCCCCGAGGACGAGCUCAGCGAGCGCUUGGAGGCAGCCUGGGAGGGCCGGGCGGCAGCCUGGUGGGAGAGGCGGCAGGGCAGCAGCUUGGGGCCUGGCAAACAGCCCAAGCGGCACAAGCGCCGGACUCAACUGUCCAGCACCUUCUCCUCGCUCAGCGGCCGCUUAGACCUCUCAGACGCCGCCAGCCCCCCUCCCAGCCCGGAGCGGACACUCCCCGAGGCCGGGCCUCAGCCCCCAGUGUCCCCGCCCUCCCAGGAGUCCACGCAGGAGCCGUGGGCCCGGGGCGUCCCGUCGGAGCGGCAGCAGACCCUCCGGGACUACAUGGCGGGGCUGCCGCUCCGAGGGGCCUCCCCGGGCGGGGCCUCCGUGCCUUCCUCCCGGACCUCCAGCGCCCGGGCCGGCCCCUCCCGGCGGCGCGCAGCCGCCCACUCCGGCGCCCAGCCACACGGGAAGAAGCCGCGCAUGGGCUUCUGAGGCCCGGGGAGGCCGCCCCCGCCUCCAGGGAGCCCUUUGUCCUGGAUGAGCUGUGCCUUCUGUGGCUGAGACGGGACAUAAAGAGAACAGCCGCCAGGGUGAAGACCUUCCCGCUUUCCAGAGGCCUUCGUGACCACGGGAGACAUUCAGAAGCGGUUUGAAUCCUCGUCGGGGGAAGAAGGGCGACGAGGUAGCCGUCUCUCCUGUAGCUCGUUCUCCCAGGGGCACGUCGGGAAGUCCCGGGGGCCCCGUCCUGAAGGUCAGUGUCGCCGGGAUCCCCUCCAGCCGACAGUGCUGUGCUGGAGAGCAGGGGCUCCAGGCGGCCGAGGGCUCCGCCACGCACGGGCCCCCGGGACGUGGCGGGUGACGGUGAAGUGAGCUGCGCAGCCUGCCGGCGCUCCGCUGCUGGGCGUUGGCAGCCGGCUGCUGGUGGUUCGGUGUGUGUGUGUUAAGCGGUUUCUAGCACCAUCUGACAUUUUGUAGAGGGAGGCACUUUGGACCUACAUUUAGGGGUCGAGUAAACUUGUCAGCUGAGCCUCGUUUUGAACGAUCAAGUUUCUCAGGCCGGGCUGCGUCCCCGUACUUGGCUUUCGACAUUGAGCACGUCAGGUUCGCUUCCUCCGCAGCUCUGUGGCUCCGGUGAAGGGUCUGCGCUCUUGCAGGGAAAACACCCCCUGGGAAUGACACGGGGCCCUGGGGCGGGGCCUAGGUUUCUGAUCACGCGUGAAGA